UAUACUACAAUCAUAAAGUAGGACUCAGAAAUAUCACGCCAUAUAUUAAGGUUGCUCCUCUGCUUGGAUGGCGGCUUCAAAUGGAUCAAGUAUCCUCCUCUGCUUCGACUGGACGGACACCUGCUGCGGCCGGCAGGGAGCAGGUGCCGGUGCUUGCGGAGGCAUGUGGCAGGCGCGUACCGCCGGUGGAGUCGGCAACGGCACCUGCUGUUUGGGUGGCCGCGGUGGCGCGCGGUUGUGCCGGUCCGAAGUACAACUUCUGAGCAGCGGUGAGCGGCGAUUUGAUCGGAGCUGGCGGCGCCGGAGGCUUUGGUGCCGGCGAACCGCGGAGAGGCGCGCACGGCUGUGGCGGUCCGAAGUACAACUUCUGAGCAGCGGUGAGCGGCGAUCUGAUCGGAGCUGAUGGCGUCGGCGUCGGUGUCGAUGUCGCCGGCCGCGGCGGCGUCCAUGCUCCUGUGCGCGUCGGUGGCGCUCAUACUCUGCGGAUCCGUCACCUUCGCCAUCGGCUUCUUCCUCAUGCCAUGGGUCGCCGGCCUCGCGCUCCUCUUCGGCUUCGCCGGCGCCGUCCACACCCUCUCCUCGGGGCUCUUCCUCUGCACCAACACCAAGCAGCCCCCGGCCGCUGCCGCCGCGGCGGUCCCUUGCAAGCACCCGCGGGGACGGAUCAUCGGGCCCCCGACCACAACCCCAGUGAUGCGCUCCGAAGCUGGGUUUUCCGGCGGCGACAUCGGCUUCCUAGGGAACGCGCGAACAGAAUCACCGCGUGGGUGAUUUGGCGAAGGAAUCCGCCGCGCGGAAAACUGCACGCGCGGAGGAAGGUUUUGGCAAGUGAAGGAUUUUGGCAAGUGCGAAUAGCAAAUUGUUGGAGAACGUUUUUUGCAACUUUUGCCAAAUUUUGUAGUAUACCAAGUGGAAUAGCAAACUCUUGGAGAUGCUCUAACAGAGUUACAGAGUUUGACACGGGCGUGCUUCGUGCUGACGGCAGAGUACGGAAAACUGAAAAGUGAAGACUGAAAAAUCAUCUUCUGCAGAAGCAGAAGGAAACAUCCUGCGUGAGUUUAUCUCAAUCUGUAUGCAAUUAAAAUGAAUCAAUGAUUUACAAAUCCGUUACAAUC